AUGUCCCAAUCCCAAAUUCGCGACUUUUACAACAACCAAACCGUCCUAAUCACUGGCGGAACGGGAUUUUUGGGCAAAGUCCUAAUCGAGCGCCUGCUCCGAACCACAAACAUCGCCCAGAUUUUUGUCUUGGUCCGCGCCAAGAAAGGCAAAGACGCCCAAACGAGGCUUUACGACAUGUUCGACAAUUACUACUACGACAAAGUCAAAGCCCAAAACCCGAAUUUCAAAAGCCGGGUCAGUGCGGUAGAAGGCGACUGCGUUUCGGACAACUUGGGGUUGGCUCUUCAGGACCGGGAAAAGUUGGUGGCGAAAGUCAAUGUCGUGUUCCACGUCGCGGCCACGGUGCAUUUGAACGAAAAUAUCAAGAGUGCCUACAAGAUCAACAUCGGGGGGACCGAAAACUUGCUCAAAUUGUGCCAAAAAAUGAAAAGUUUGAAAAGCGUUAUUCACGUAUCGACGGCCUUUUCCAACUGCCAUCUAGACACCAUUGAUGAGGUUUUCUACAAUUAUCCAUUGGGUUACGACCAAGUCAAGAUUUUGCUCCAGGACCUGACCCCACCCCAAGCCGAGAAACUGUCCCAAAAAAUGUUGGAAGGUUGGCCAAACAGUUACGCCUUCACUAAAGCCCUAACGGAGGCUAUGAUUGCCUCUGAGGGUAAAAACCUCCCAAUUGGCGUUUUUAGACCAGCUAUUGUCACUUCGACUUAUAAAGACCCAAUCGAAAACUGGUGUGACAGUUACGGCGGCCCUAACAGCAUCCUAGCAGGCGCCGGUUUGGGCUUCCUCCGCUUGUUUCCAUGUGACACUAGAUCGUACAUGGAAGUGGUCCCGGUUGACUUGACCAUAGCCGCCUUGAUCGCAAUCGCGUGGGAUGUUUACAAAAAAGACAAAACGGAAAUUCCUGUCUAUAAUUACGUUUCCUCGAUCGAUAACCCCAUAACCUACUACGAGUUUUUCCACUUGAACACAAUACAUUUCCCGUACUACCCCCUUACAAGGGCAAAAUGGGCCCCAAAAUUCCGCACCAUGAAAAAAUCGCUCCCUUAUCACGUCCUGACCCUGUUUUAUCACUACAUCCCGGCCCUUCUCCUGGAUUUCGUCAAAAUCGUGCGUUUCCAGAAGCCGGAAAUGCUGUCACGUAUCAGGAAAGUGCACGCACUCUUCGAUUUGUUUAGCUUUUACAGCGAGAAGGGGUGGAAAUAUUCGAAUAAAAAUGUUAAACUUCUGUGGGAGAGGAUGAAUGAGGGGGACCGCAAGUUGUACAAUUUUGACAUUUCGAGCGUCCAAUGGACGUAUUAUUUGAGGUACUACUACAAGGGGUUGAGGGUUUAUUUGUUUGAGGACGAUUUGGGCAAUUUGGCCGAAGCCAAGAAAAAAAUGAGGAGGUUCGAAUUUUUGCACAGUUUGAUGUUGUUUGGUAUUUAUUUCCUCGGCAUGAACUUGAUUUGGUUUAUUUUUUCGAAAAUAUACUCAUCUUGAAGUAACAAUAAUAAAUAAUUCGGAAGGGUUUUAGUGGAAAUGGAAAAAAUCUCGACUUGCAACAAAAUAGAAUAAUGUCUGAUGUUUGUUUUUGUAUAUUUUAAAACUCAAAAAAUA